AUGCUGCUGCUGCUGCCCUUAUGCUUGGCUGUGGAGGUCAAGCGACCCCGCGGCGUCUCCCUCUCCAACCAUCACUUCUACGACGAGUCUAAGCCUUUCACUUGCCUGGAUGGCUCGGCCACCAUCCCUUUUGAUCAGGUCAAUGACGAUUACUGUGACUGCAAGGAUGGCUCAGACGAGCCAGGCACGGCUGCCUGUCCUAACGGCAGCUUCCACUGCACCAACACUGGCUACAAGCCCCUUUACAUCCCCUCCAGUCGGGUCAAUGAUGGAGUUUGUGACUGCUGUGACGGCACAGAGGAGUACAAUAGUGGCAUCGUCUGCGAGAACACUUGCAAAGAGAAGGGCCGUCAGGAGAGGGAGACUCUGCAGCAGAUGGCGGAGGUCACCCGCGAGGGCUUCCGCUUGAAGAAGAUCCUCAUUGAGGACUGGAAGAAGGCCCGGGAGGAGAAGCAGAAAAAGCUCAUUGAGCUACAGGAGGGGAAGAAGUCCCUGGAGGACCAGGUGGAGAUGCUACGGACAGUGAAGGAGGAGGCUGAGAAGCCAGAGAAGGAGGCCAAGGAACAGCACCGGAAGCUGUGGGAAGAGCAGCAGGCUGCCUCUAAGGCCCAGCGGGAGCAGGAGCUGGCAGCCAGUGCCUUCCAGGAGCUGGACGAUGACAUGGACGGGAUGGUCUCGGUGGCAGAAUUGCAGACCCACCCGGAGCUGGAUACGGAUGGGGACGGGGCGCUAUCAGAAGGGGAAGCCCAGGCACUCCUCGGAGGAGACUCGCAGACAGAUGCUGCCGCCUUUUAUGACCGUGUUUGGGCUGCCGUCAGGGACAAGUACCGGUCAGAGGCACCACCCACCGACCUGCCGGCACCUACCACUGACCUGACGGAGCCCAAGGAGGAGCAGCCACUGCCAGUGCCUUCACCACCCUCAGAGGAGGAGGAGGAGGAGGAGGAGGAGGGAGAAGAGGAGGAGGAGGAGGAAGAGGAAGAAGAAGAGCCUGAGGUGCAGGGAGAGCGGCCCAAGGACACCCAGCCCCCACAGGUGCCACCCCAGCCGGCCAGCCCCACUGAGGAGGACAAGAUGCCGCCCUAUGACGAGCAGACGCAGGCCUUCAUUGAUGCUGCCCAGGAGGCCCGCAGCAAAUUUGAGGAGGCCGAGCAGUCCUUGAGGGACAUGGAGGAGUCCAUCAGGAACUUGGAGCAGGAGAUUUCCUUUGACUUUGGCCCCAGCGGGGAGUUUGCCUACCUCUACAGCCAGUGCUACGAGCUGACCACCAAUGAGUACGUUUACCGGCUCUGCCCCUUCAAGCUUGUCUCACAGAAACCCAAACUCGGAGGCUCCCCUACCAGCCUUGGCACCUGGGGCUCGUGGGCCGGCCCUGACCAUGACAAGUUCAGCGCCAUGAAGUACGAGCAGGGGACAGGCUGUUGGCAGGGCCCCAAUCGCUCCACCACUGUGAGGCUCCUGUGUGGGAAGGAGACAGUGGUGACUAGCACGACAGAGCCCAGCCGUUGUGAAUACCUCAUGGAGCUGAUGACGCCGGCUGCUUGCCCCGAGCCGCCGCCGGAGCCGCCUGCCGAUGGCGACCAUGAUGAGCUCUAG